AUGCCACGUAAUGAAGAGCUCAUGUACGCCAUGAAUGGAAUGGCACCAAUACCAGCAGAUUAUGCCCAUGUAGGAUACCCGAUCCCAUUCCAAGCAGCUCGACCAUCUUCGCCACCGCAGAGCUACGGCUCAGCAGACACGGGAUCGCCGCAAUCCGGAGUCAGCGUCAACUCAUCACAGGCUGGCGCAGUGACUUGCAGGUAUCCUGUACUGAAGCCUCUUUUUCCACACCUGGGUGCUAUCAUGAGCAUCUCGACUGCCUGCGACCUUCUCGAGUACUACUUUCAAAGCUCGUCAUCGGUUUUUAUGGAGCCGGUAUCACCAUACAUCCUAGGGACCGUGUUCAGGAAGCGAUCUUUCUUGCGCCAGCACAAGCCAAGGAAGUGUAGCCCUGCUUUGCUUGCCAGUAUGCUCUGGGUCUCGGCGCAAACGAGCGAGGCUUCUUAUUUGACCUCUUCGCCAUCGGCAAGGGCGAUCAUAUGCCAGAAGCUGUGGAAGCUGACAGUUGACCUACUCAAACCCUUGGUCCAUUCUCCCUCCUCGCAUGGCUUCGCGCCCGGUCGUAGUGGAGUGACCUCAGCAGUACACAAUUCUUUCAACGUUGAACGAACAAUAGGACGGUACGACGGACGGAUGGAUGGUGCCAUGCCACCAACCAGCAAUCUCGACGAUGUGGCGACAUACCUCAACUUGGGGGUAGUGACUUCGGCAAGCGAGUACAAGGCAGCGUCACUUCGAUGGUGGAAUGCAGCAUGGUCGCUGGCGCGUGAGCUCAAGUUGGGGAGAGAAAUGCCACCAGAUCCUGCGAAAGAACGCAAUGGUCACACAAAUGACAACGGUGACGUCGACGUAGGUACGCCAGCGGCAGCAAUCAUAGAAGAGAUGAAAGAGGAAAGACGGAGGUUGUGGUGGUUACUGUACAUGGUUGACCGCCAUCUGGGACUUUGCUACAACCGGCCUUUGGCCAUGCUGGACAACGAGUGUGAGGACCUUUUCCAACCUGUUGCAGACACAAUAUGGCAAGCCGGCGAGUUCUAUACUGGUCAUCCGGGACCACGAAGGAAGGGGCUCAACUUCCAAUGCACUUCGCAUGACGUCUUUGGCUUUUUCCUGCCACUUAUGACGAUUCUAGGCGACAUUGUGGACUUGAAUGCCCAAAAAAAUCACCCUAGAUUUGGUCAACGAACAUCCUGGGAGCUCCACGAAGCGGAAAUCACCCGACAGCUCGAAAGCUACGCGUAUAGCAUUGAGGACUUCAAGGCUCAACACGGCUGUGGCCAGAAUGAUGAUAUCAACCAAAACAGCACACCCGAUCCUGUACGCAUGGAAUGGAUUCACCAGACGCGAAAGAUUGCCGCUUACGCAACGCAUAUUAUGCACGUGCUCCACAUCCUGCUGCAUGGAAAGUGGGAUCCAGUUGCACUCCUCGAAGAUGACAACAUGUGGAUUUGCUCGCCAUCUUUCCUUGCAGCAACAUCGAACGCCAUAUCCGCCGCGCAUGCGGUUGAGGAAAUUCUCGACCUUGAUCCAGAUCUCUCGUUCAUGCCAUAUCUGUUUGGCAUGUACUUGCUACAAGGAAGUCUUAUUCUUCUUUUGCUGGCAGACAAGUUGUCCACCGAGACGAACGACGGAGUCAUAAGAGCUUGCGAAAUCAUUGUUCGAGCACACGAGGCGGCUGUGGUGACGCUGAAUACAGAGUAUCAAAGGAAUUUCCGAAAGGUUAUGAUUUCGACCCUCGCACAGAUCAAAGGUCAUGGGCACGCACGAGAGAUGACGCCGGCGAAGCGCAGAGAAGUGCUUUCGCUAUACCGAUGGACAAGCCUAGGCAACGGCCUUGCGAUUUGA